AUGGCCUUCAAAAGUGAUGAAAAGGUCAGCCUGAAAUGCAAGUCAACGAUGCAAACUUCCAUACUUGUCAACCCGUCAACCCGUCCAUUUUUUCUCAUAUCUCUGAUGGAUUGCGUUCUGCGUCAACAGCACGAUGGUACGACGGAAGCUGCCCCACCAGGGUACAUGGUUGCUGACGAUAUAAAUGACAACGAAGGAGACAGAGGCAGAUUAUUUGCGUGCCCUGAGAUUGGCUGUGAUGGGUUCACCUUCGACACCAUCAAUGAGUGCCACAUCCACUUAAAAGAUUGGCAUAAUCCCCCAUAUUCUUGCUCAGAGUGUGAAGCGAGUUUCGCAGCAAUGCCGGCGCUCAAAAGGCAUUUUAAAAAUACCGGCCAUUAUAAUUGGAUCUGCCAGGAGGAAUUGUGCGAAAUGAAAGGCAUCUUAUUUGCGAAUCGAUCUGAGUUUGUCGCUCAUGCCUUGCGCGCCGGCGGCCAUGACCGCUUAUUUCCAACCGAAGGGCUCAAUAGCCCUGUGUCACCAAAAAGACUCAACUAUGCUGAGGUAAUACAUUGUGAAGAUACUACUUCUGAGUCUUCGGAGGAAGAGGCGUAUCAAUGUCCCGAGCCAUCCUGCCGGAGGUACCAACAGCUUUUUCACUCUGAGAACGAAUUCAGCAGACAUGAAGAGUCGCACGCGCACGUCAACGCUGUCAAGUAUUCAGAGGAUCUUCGAGAAUCUGGAAAAUCUACGGAGGAUAUUACGGCAGAACAAGAAGCAGCGAGAGAGUUUCGGUGUACCACCCAGGGCUGUUCGUCAUUUGGAGAAAAGCUGAAGACGAGCCAAAGUUUUUAUCGACAUGUCCACACAGCAAAGCAUGUGUACCCAUUUCUCAGUUCAGUAUCUGAUCCAACAUCACCGACAGCGGAAAUUCGACAACAUUUUCAUCAGCUUAAUCUUGCAUGCGACGAACCUGAGUGCCCGAGGUAUGAGCACCGUUUCGCAAACUAUGUGAACUUGACGAAGCAUAAGCAGUCAGUUCCUCAUCUGAAGGCUGUUUCAUAUGGCCAAUCGAAGAAAAAUGCAGCUCAUUCUGAUAAUAUAGCUACCCAUAUCUUGGAGGAAUCACAAUCUGCGGUCACAGCAGCGGUUCCUUCAACGCCAGUGAGAUGGAGUUCCUAUUCUUUUGCACCGAUUACUCCUACAACAAAUACGACUACACGAAUUGCCGAGUUGCCGGAUGCGGUAACUCCUACUAGGCGUUCGAUUCGGAAUAUUUCUCCAUUGACGCCACCGCCGCCAUCCACAUCAUCAUCAUCAUCAUCAUCAUCAUCAUCAUCAUCAUCAUCAUCAUGGAGGGAAGAGAGCUUAAUGAAGAAGAACGGAGAGCUCGAAAAUGAAGUCCAGCAUCUGAAAAACAAAAUUGAAAGGUUGAGAACAGCUUACAAGGAGCAAAUAAGCUCUCUUUUCCAAGCGUUAGGAGAAAAGCAAGCUCGAGAAUUGUAGGGCUUUGGUGUCUCUUGCAUAUACGAGGAUCAGUCUGGUAGAGUGGAUUAUUGAACGAGCUGUUACCAUUUGAGCGAACGAUUGUGCUGGCUGACAGAAAGAUGAAAUAAGCAUUGCUGACUGGUGGAUUUUAUACACAGCAGUUCUGAAUUAGGCCAAGAAUGACACUAUGCGGCUGAUGAAUGUAGGUAUGGAACUGGUGGCUGAGCAUGGACUUAGUGUUUACGAACAGAGAUUGAUGAGUCUUCAAUAGCAAUUGCUAGCUACGUGUUUUGAGCCGGCUAGUAGAUCAAAU